GUUAGUUUCGCUGCGCUGUUUUAAGGGUUUUCGUUUUUUUUCUUUUUUUUUUUUGUUUCUCCUCCGAAGAAGAUAAGAAGAAGAAGAAGAAGAUGCCAGGUCCAGUGAUUGAGGAAGUGAACGAGGAGGAGCUUAUGGAUUCCAUCAAAGAGCAGAUGAAGCUCCAGAAGGAGAACGAUGUUGUUGUUGAGGAUGUGAAAGAUGGAGAUGAAGACGACGAUGAUGUUGAUGACGACGACGACGAGGUUGCAGAUGGAGCUGGUGAGAAUGAGAGUUCUAAGCAAAGUAGAAGCGAGAAGAAGAGCCGAAAGGCUAUGCUGAAACUGGGGAUGAAACCAGUCACAGAUGUUAGCAGAGUGACUAUCAAGAGAUCAAAGAAUGUGUUGUUUGUGAUCUCGAAGCCGGAUGUUUUCAAGUCUCCUAAUUCUGAGACUUAUGUGAUAUUCGGUGAGGCUAAGAUUGAUGACAUGAGCUCUCAGCUACAAGCACAAGCUGCUCAGAGGUUCAAGAUGCCAGACGUUGCUUCCAUGAUCCCCAACACUGAUGCUUCUGAAUCCUCUUCUGUUCCACAAGAGGAGGAUGACGAUGAAGAUGUUGAUGAGACUGGUGUUGAAGCCAAGGACAUUGAUCUCGUCAUGACUCAAGCUGGUGUCUCGAAGGCUAAGGCUGUUAAGGCUCUUAAAGCCAAUGACGGAGAUAUUGUUUCCGCCAUUAUGGAACUCACUACAUAGGUUUUGGGUUGCUGAGACUGUGAUGGUUCUUUCUUGUUGCUUCAUUUCUGAUUCGGUUAGCAAACAUUAUCUGUGUUUCUCCACUUUUUAAGGCUAUUUUUGCCCUCCUCUGAGCUAUAAACAAUGUUGUUUCACAUCUAUAAUUUGAAACAUUUAUGUCUGAUGAAAUCAGAUUCUAGUC